AAGCAGUUUGCGUGGAGUAAACGUUUCCUAGUCAAAUGAACGGGUGUCCUGAAUCGGCCAGCAGGGGGCGCUACGUGUGACGCUUCUCCAGGUGGCUCGAAGCAAAAACUUUUUUUUGGACACCAAUUUGAUGCUUUCUAUGUGAGGUUGCUGCUACAUUUGACUGCUCUGGCUACAAAACCGAGCAGAAGAAAACCAUGAAGAGCAGCGGAGGAAAUGGACCCCCCCAGAGAUCCAGGCAGCCGGUCCUGCCCUCGUUCUCCACCAGGACCCUGCACCACCCGUCCUUCCUGCCUCUCUACAUGGCCGCAGCCUCCGGCCAGCAUCACAGGGCCUGUGAAUACCCAAAAGUCUACCCUGCCGUCCCGGCUGAGUUCUUCUACACUGACCCCACCAUGGGCCCCGGGAGGAGGGUCCCCAACAUAGUGAGUGAUUUGACGGUGCUCGAUUGGUUCCAGCUCAACACUCCGCCACCAGUUAUGUCUGCCUGCUCAGCCCCACCGAACCGUCCAGACCUGUUCAGGUCUGGGCCACAUCCCAUUCGAAACCUGGGCAGUCCAACUUUGAGAAUGCCCACUAACUGCCAGCCGAACCAGGCGGUGCUCCAGCUGACCCAGGAGGAGGACCAGGGCGUUACUAACCUCUUGACACUGCACUACCAAAGUGUUGAGCCCCGAACUGUUCCAGUAGAGCUCAACUCCAGCCUUGGUUACCAAACACCUACAGACUCCACUUCAGAUGGGGAAGUACACAGACCUUUGUGUAGAGAUGUGCAGCAGAGAGGAGGCUGGUCACAUACCGAGCUGGAGGCAGCUAACACCCUUUUGAAUCACUUCAGCCUAGUGGAGGAGAACCACAUCUGCAGUCUAAACCACCAUAAAUCAUCAGGAACACUUUCUGGUCCUCUGCCAGAUCAGCACCAUGAAGCUCCAUCAGUAAGCACUGAGACCCAGCCUGAAUGUGAAGCGUCACCUGCAUUAGUAACUAGUCAUUGUACCCAAAGUGACACUGGUUACAUCAGCUUUAGAAGUGUCAGGGAGAACGGGGGACAAGGCCGGGGAGACUGUAGGUCUGCUGAGCACAGGACUGUCUACGGAGCUUUCUCAGGGUUGAGGGAACAGAUGCUCUCAGAUUUAGAGGAAGAUGCUGUGCUCGUCCUCCUGAGCCUCUCUGACAUGGGAACUUUGGAUACUGUGCAGUGAUUGUGUUAAACAUGAGGGUCUUUUUGUCCCUGAGUGUUUUAAGGGGCUUUACUAUGUGGAAACUACAAGCUGAGUGUUUUUAGUGCUUGUACCCUUUGUUUUUGGCUUGGGUUCCUCUGCCACAAUGAGUCAAAUAUACCUCAAAAACCUUCUUUUUCAAGGAUGACAGUUUAUUUCCACUUGUUUGUAUUGCACAUGUACCUGGUUAUCCAGUAAUAAUGAUCCAAAGUUGAGUCCUUAUAAACUGUAGCUAAAAGGUUUUUAUUAAAAGCACUACUACAGUUUAAGACCCCCCCUCCACUUAUUUACAGCCUAUAGUAGAAUUAAAUGGUAAAUGGUCUUAUACUUGUAUAUCGCCUUUCUAUGCUUUUUACAGCACACUCAAAGCGCUU